AUGGAUGCACGACGACGACGCCGCUCUCGCCUUAAUAAAAACCCAGCAAGAGGCAUGAAGAAUAGGCGAAUUGGCUUGGGUAAAAAGGCACACGAAUAUAGUGUGGCUUAUGGCUCAGACGUGAUCGUUGUUAUCCGGGGGCCCAACGGACAUUAUAGUGGCUACCAAUCUCAACCAGGUCUCCUACAAAGAUUGCAGUCUGUCUCAGAUGAUCAGCUUCUCGGGCCAGAUGAUUUCGUCAUAUCUGAACACGCCAAUUUCUCCUCAAUCUCUGGGAUGAGCGAGUCUCUGGUUACCGAUACGAUGGACAUUUAUGGCGAUUGGAGUGAUCUCUUUACAUAUGACACCCAGUCUACAUUUCCCUCGCAUUCAGAAGACAUUAUGUUCCACGACACGGAUAUUCCACUGCUCGGAACUGAUAUAAAGGGCAAAAUUACAUCUCUACAAUCCGAAAUCACUUCUACGCAAGUUUCGACGGAGAAAUCAACACACGAGGGCUACUCUCAUCUCGUGCAACCAAAACCAAUCUCAUUAAACACGACAAAUACAAUUCUCUCUCUCUUGGAUAGCUUUUUCUGA